AAACUAAAGACUGCUUGUUUCCAACGUCUCCCCCAAGACCCGGGUUCUUGUGACCAGUCUCUGACCUCUCCACCGCCCACUAAGCCACACCAAGUUGGACCCCCAACUUCCUUUCUUCACGGCAUACAUCGUUAACACCACAAGUUUGCAUUAUUUUAUUCAGAUUCACUUCACUGCCUAUAUAAAUCAGCUCAAUAGUCUCUCAAUUCCUCAUCCAUCAAUCCAUUCAAAUCUCCCAAGAUUGAUUCUUUCAGCAACAAUGGCAAAAAUGGUCCUUUCCCUUCUCUUCUUCCUAUUCUUCACUUCCUCACUUGCCUCCUCAGACAUGUCUAUUAUCAAUUACAACACUAACCACCCAAAUCAUGCCCAGAAGAACUCUAGCUGGAGAAGCGAGGAGGAGGUGAGGAGUGUGUAUCAAUGGUGGCUUGCAAAGCAUGGCAGAGUAUACAAUGGAGUAGAAGAGCAAGAGAAGAGAUUCGGGGUUUUUAAGGAUAAUCUGAGGUUUAUUGAUGAACAUAAUUCAGAAAAUCGCAUGUACAGAGUUGGGUUGACCAGGUUUGCUGAUUUGACGAAUGAGGAGUACCGGGCCUUGUAUUCUGGCACCAGAAGUGACGCUAAGCGCAGGCUUAUGAAGUCCAAAAAUGCCAGCAAUAGGUAUGUUUUCAGGGCCAGUGACAAGUUGCCGGAGUCUGUGGAUUGGAGAGAGGAGGGUGCCGUUGGUCCGAUCAAAGAUCAAGGAACUUGCGGUAGUUGCUGGGCUUUCUCUACCAUAGCUGCAGUAGAGGCAAUAAACAAGAUCGCAACAGGAGACCUAAUCUCGCUAUCAGAACAGGAGCUUGUGGACUGUGACCGGACCGAAAACCAAGGAUGCAAUGGAGGCCUAAUGGACUACGCCUUCCGCUUCAUCAUGGAUAACGGUGGCAUAGAUACCGACCAAGAUUAUCCCUAUCAAGGCAGUAACGGCCGAUGUGACCCUGUUCGGAAGAAUGCAAAGGUUGUUAGCAUCGAUGGGUACGAGGAUGUCCCACAAUCUGAUGAGAAAUCACUGCAGAAAGCAGUGGCUCAUCAGCCUGUGAGUGUGGCCAUUGAAGCUGGUGGACGGGCCUUUCAACUAUACCAGUCGGGUGUUUUUACUGGUGAAUGUGGUUCAGCCUUGGACCAUGGAGUGGUGAUUGUUGGAUAUGGAACAGAGGAUGGUGUGGAUUAUUGGAUUGUGAGGAAUUCGUGGAGCACGAACUGGGGUGAGAGUGGUUAUAUCAGAAUUCAGCGCAAUGUGGGUGACACUGGCAAGUGUGGAAUUGCUAUGGAGUCAUCUUACCCAGUCAAGGAAAUCCAAAGCUCUGCUACCUUUAACUGGUUUAACGUAAACACUCAGAUCAGUAGUGCUUGAAAAGCUGUUUUCAUGGCUGUUUCUUUUCUGGGUUAGAAGAAAAGUCAAGAAACCUAUCAGGAUAGACAUUAGAUAGUGUUAGGCAAUGUUCUUUGUUUAUUUCAUUGGAUUCCCUUGAAUCCUUCCUGGUAUGAUUAACGCCAGAGGAGGUCAUGGUUAUGAUUAUUUUGAUGAUUAGUAUUGUAAAUAGGUUGUCAUUCGUGGAUUCUGGUAUUGUUGGAGUCUCAAUGAUGCCGUUUGGUUCACAUUAGCUCCUCUCCCAAAUGGUUACUUAUCAUUUCCUUCGAAGUUAAUCUCAAUUUAUCCAAUAGCUUUUCAUGCUGA